AAUACUCUAAGUCAGUUAAAUAGAAGACAAGGCUUUACAAGACAAUACAAGGCAAUCUCACACAAAAAACAUAAAUACCCAAACACAAUGCACAAGAAAUUUCAAACUCUGCAAAACACUAAUCCAUCCAGCAUGAAGAAGACCAAUCCCAAGGAAAAGUUAUUUCCCAUUCGCCUUGGCUUUUAUAGGAACCCCAGCGAGUAUGCCGAUCGCACGACCAGCGAUCGCGAUUAUGGGUUGAAAAGUUCCAAGGGAUCUGGAACGCCAUUUCCGCAAAAAGCGAAGAAAUUAGAUACGGCGGCACUAACGGCAAAGUUGGAGACGGAUAGUCUGCUCCGAUCUGAAUUAAGCGACUUAUCGAUUGUCAUCUCCGAAAGAAAGGUGUCAGAACCACAAAUGGCAUCCAUAACUACAACCGAACCAACGUUUACGAUGAGGCGAAAGCUAUUUGACGAGGGCGAGUUCACCAUCUGCAAGGGUCGCAAAUUGUGCCAGGACUUCCAUCAUGUCGAAGAUGAAAACCAUACAGUUCACACAAUGCUGAAUGCCAAGGAUAACAUUCCCUAUAGCAAUUUCAUGGAUCUGAAGAAUUUCUGCAACCAGAACAACAUUAAAUUUUCCAAGGGUUUCGACGGUUAGCGUUCUACACUGUUGUCAUCGAAUUAGGAGCGGGAAUAAAGUGCAGGAGUCGGGAAUUCCAUCUUCGCAUCUCCAGCAUCACCAUUUCCACCAACUGUCCCUCUUGAAAGUGUCACUCACGGAGGAUAAAUGGUGCCAAGUGCAGCGGAAAAACCAGGAUGCUAGUGAGAGUGAAGGGCUUGUGAAGAGGCCCGACUGGGAGAUACCUGCUAAACACUUUUCCAACUGCAAAUAAUAUUCAAUUCAAUAAUACAAUAAUAAAGGGUUCCUAUCUUAUACAUGUGCAGUAAAAGGACACAAUUCUUGUACUAUAAUGACAAAUAA